UAGUAUGAGUGGAAGGUGGGAAACCCAGGUGAGUGGCUUUCACUUUUCGCGGUACCAUAACUAACCUAACAUGAUCCCACCGCAAUUCCUUCUACACUUUUUUCACACUCACUCAUGACUACCAAAACGCACCGUUUUACUACCUGUUACCGUCACCCUUUCACACCUGUCACCGGUUUCUGUGCCUCCUGUCUCCGCGAACGCCUCGCCGGCAUCGAUUCCUCCUCCUCUUCGCCGGACCUACGCCGCACUAAGUCCUUCUCCGACCGUACAGCCGGCGCUAACUCCUCCUCCGCCGCCCCGGAGCCCCGCCGUAGGUCCUGCGAGGUCCGACUGCCGCAGCCGGGUGGCUCGCUGUCGGACCUCUUCAACCGCGACUACAAGAGCAAGAAGCCAACGAAUCGGAACGCCGACAUCCGUUCAGGAAGUGCUGGCGUCGGACUCGAAGAGAGCGAGCGCGGCGAAGCGGUUAGGGUUUCUGGCGAUGAAGAAGGGGAGGGGAAGACGAUGAAGGAGUUCAUAGAUCUCGAAUUGCGGAGCAGGAAGGGCGGGGGGAGAGAUUUCAAAGACAUCGCAGCGAGUUUUCGCGGCGCGGCUUCCGAAUUCAGCAAGCGAUUGAUGAAAUGGAAACAGAAGCUGAAUCCGAAGAGAAACCACCGCCACAGCGACGUCGCCGGCGCCGACUUUUGUUCAGUCGAAAAACUAGGGUUUAAGUCGUUGCGGGAGACGCAAUCGGAGGUUGGAGAAUACGGUUUCGCGUUAGGUAGAAGAUCGUGCGACACUGAUCCGAGGUUAUCCGUUGACAAUUCGCGAUUUUCGUUCGAAGCUCCUCGAGCUUCCUGGGAUGGUUAUUUGAUUGGGAAAGCAUACCCUAGGGUUUCCCCCAUGGUUCGUGUUGGUGAUAGGGUUUUGGUCGAGGAAGAAGAAGAGGGAGACGUGAGUUUAGAGAAUGGUGAAGAAUUCUGUCCUGGCGGUUCUGCUCAGACGAAGCAUUACUAUUCCGAUUGGCAUAGGAGGAGGAGGAGUUUUGAUAGAUCAAAUUCUCGUAGGAAGUCGAUAAUGGGAGACGUUGAUGAAUUGAGAGUGAUAUCUAAUGCUAAGGUUUCUCCAGCUACAACUGAGUUGUUCUAUGGGGCCAAGGUGUUGAUCACAGAGAAUGGUUUGAGGGAUGUGAAUUUGAAAUCGUCUGAUAGUGUAAUGGGGUCCGGUUCCAAGGUUGAGGCUUGUGAUGUUGCAAUUGAGGAUGGUCAACAGGGAUUGAACAAGUUUCACAAGUGGGGUAGGUUAUGGAGUAAAUUGGGGUUAUUGCAGAGGAGAAGGGAAGAUAUGUUGGGAGAAGGUGAUUACGGUGGUGGUGAUGUGGUUAAUAAGCCACUUGCAGAGUCUUGGCAGAAGCUAAGGAGGGUGGUUAACGGUAAAGCGAGUGAGUCAGUUAGCCAGAAGCUUAUUCGUAGCUAUAGUGUUAGUUGUAGAGAUCCUUGUAGAACUUCAGGUUUAGUCAAUGGCUUUGGGGUUUCUGCGACUAAAGGCCAGGUUUUGAAUGGAAGGCAGAAGUUUAUGCUUCAGAAAAACCGGAGUGUUAGGUAUUCACCAAGUAAUGUUGACAGUGGCUUGUUAAGGUUCUAUUUGACACCAUUGAAAAGCUAUAGGCGAAGCAGGUCUGCAAAGGGUAGCUUAAAGAAUUCAAAUUCAACGGCCAGAAGUUUCUUCUGAGGCGGUUGUGUGAGGAAAGGUGCUGUUUCACAUUUUGAUAGUCUUCUGACAAUGCGUAAUAGGCUACCUACCUCAAUGACGUUGAAAAGCAAUAUCCUCCUCAUUAUAAAAAUGCUUCGUAAGCGCAUGCUUUGACUUUAAUUUGAAGGAUCAUAGCCGAACUCAAGUUUCAUUGUUUUAUAUUCACUCCACGGGUCUUUUUCAUGAUUUGAAUACUUAUCUUUAUUUCUGCAUCCCUGGUUCAUUCUUUACGGUGAAACUAGAUUGAAAAGCACGAGUGACAGUGAUAAUGAAAACAAUAGAAUAAAUAUUCAUGAAUUAAAUAUAAAAUAAUUUGGACAGAUAGAAUAUUUUGCA